ACCGUUCGCGCAAAAAAAUAUUAAUAUUGAUGGUUUAUUUUGGUUGACCAUCUAAUUUUCUCGAUGAAAACAAAGCCGAAGAAGACAGAAGAGUAAACGAUUGCCCGGCUUCAUAAGGUAGCUCCCACUCUAGAGCGGCCCCCGUGUUAGGAGGUGGUACUGCAUGGAAGCACAGCAUCGAACCAUGGACUAGUGGGUGUUGCCUGCACUGCACGCUAAUUACCACAGAGGGCGCUGUAACUGACGCCACACAAUAGUCGAUGCGUUGGCGGUUAGCAGGCGGCUCGGAGCGGGACACUUGAAAAUAAAAACAAUUCAGUGUAUGCUAUUCCCAGCUCCAGAAUGACACUUUUCUAAACAAGGAACUGCGUUUUAUGUAUCCACGCCUGAGUACGCCGGUUGUCAGUUUUAAACUAUUCAGCUACAGCGGUGCUCGGUCGAGAUUUGUUUUGCUCCGAACUAACGUUAAAGUGUAACAUAUCGCGAUGUCCGCGAACUCUUCAUUAACUUUCUAAUCUCUAAUCAGCUUUGGUGGCUAACGCGUAUCAUAGGCAGAAAUAACAAGAGGACAUAAAGUCAGCACCGAAGGCAACACACGAUGCCUCAAAAGAAGCAACAGCUGAAGCCGACAGCGGCCAACGUCUCCAGCUCCUUGGACCUGGAGUCCGAGGACAUCAGCCUGGAGACAACUGUGCCCACCACCGAGGACGUGUCCUCGUCCGACGAGCAAAGAGGCGGCUCCCAGAAGGUGACCCGCCAGCUGAUCGAGAGGAAGGAGCUCCUGCAGACCCUCCAGCUGCUGAAGAUCGAGCUUUCUCAGAAGAACCUCAUCAUCGACAACAUGAAGGCAGACCACAUGUCAAAGAUCGAUGAGCUGGAGGAGAGGCUCAAUGAUGCUUUACAUCAGAAACAAGUGCUGUCCCUGAGACUGGACAGCCAGCUGAAACUCACUCACGAGGAGAACAGGAAGCAGCAGGCUCUGCGUAAACAGGAGAUGGAGGGCAUCCUGCUCAGGCAGCAGCAGCUGGAGGAGACCAACAGACAGCUGUGCGAGAAGGCUGGAGAGCUGAGGCGGUCUCUCAGGGACCUGGACAUCUCGCAGGACAGGUACCAGGAGCUCCGUGGCCUCCCCGACGACAAACUCUCCAUACAGGAAUACGUAGCUAUGCGAUUCUAUGAGGCCGUGACUCCUCUGCGGAAUCAGCUGGCUGAUCUCAGUGUGAAGAAAGGCAGUUUGUCUGAAGAGGUGGACAUACACAGAAGCAAAAUGAAAGCUUUGAUGGAGAGCUACGAGGAGGAGCGUCGGUUACGAACCGAGCUGGAGUUGAGGAGCCAGAGACUAACGUUAGAACUGGCCGACACCAAACAGCUGAUCCAAGAAGGAGACUUCCGCCGAGAGAACUACCCAAACAUCAAACGUGAGCGUGACCACUUCGAGGCUGAACUGAAGGAGUUAAAGAGGAGAUUUGAGACCGUCGACGUGUCUCACGCCGCCCUGACCAGAGAAAGGGACACGCUCAGCAAAGAGGUGGCGACAUCGCAGCAGUUGGUGACUCUCCUGCAGAAGGACAAGGAGUACCUGCACAGGCAGAACAUGGAGCUCAGCGUGCGCUGUGCACAUGAGGAAGACCGCCUGGAGAGGCUGCAGAUACAAUUAGAAGACGCGAAGAAAGCUAGGGAGGACGCCUAUGAGAAAUACGUAGCAUCAAGAGACCACUAUAAGUCCGAGUAUGAGACCAAGCUGAGAGAGGAGCUGGAGAACAUCAGAGUGAAAACCGGUCAGGAGAUCGACAACCUGCAGAGGACCUCCAGGGAGAUGUAUGAGAGGGAGAACAGGAAUUUACGCGAGGCCAGAGACAACGCGGUGCUGGAGAAGGACAGAGCAGUGGCUGCAGAGAGGGACGCUCAGUCCAGAUAUGACCAGCUCCUAGAGCAGUUUCGUCAGCUCCAGCUGGGUACUGACAGCCGGGUGGCAGAACUGUCCAACCAGGCCAAGCUGCACUCCUUCGAAGCCGAGCGCGCUCACCUGGUCAAGGAUGAGACGAGCAAGGCCCUGGCUCAGUGUCAGGUGGAGUGUGAGAAACAGCAAAAGAAACUGGAGCUCCUCACUCAGGAGUUUUACAGGCUCCAAACGUCAUCUGAGAAGCGGGUGACGGAGCUGCAAGCUCAGAAUGCCGAGCAGGCGUCCCGGCUGGAAACGUACGAAAAGCUCGAGCAAGAGCUGGACCAGGUCACCAUGCAGGCUGCCGAAAUUGAGAACGAAGAGGAGGCAGAAAGAGUCCUGUUCUCAUACGGCUACGGAGCCAAUGUUCCCACAACGGCCAAGAGAAGACUGAAGCAGAGCGUUCACCUGGCUCGCAGGGUGCUGCAGCUCGAGAGGCAGAAUACGUCGCUGAGGAGGGAGCUGGACAGACACAAGUCACAGACGGGACAUGUAUCAGAGGAGCUGCUGGCAGCCAACCAACUCUUACAGCAGACGCAGCAGCCUUAUAGCUACCUGAUUGACACAGUGAGACAAAGAGAUGCACAGAUCAGCGCGCUGAAGGAACGAGUCACCUCGCUCGAGGACGAUGUCAGUUCUCUGAGGAAAGAGCGGACUGCGCUACAGCAAGUGAAAAACAACAUGGCCGCAGAUUUGGAGCGACUUCUCAACCACAGAGAGGAGUUAGCUGUGAUGAAGCAGGUCCUGAUCAGCAUGCGGUCCAGACAGGGAGACGCUCUAAACCCAUUGGAAUCAGAUAAAGCUGCUACGAGGACCUCUGGUUCAGGAAAACAGCAGUCCAGGCGUUUGAGCAGGACCACAGAAGAGGAAUCGCCAAACAAACCUAAGCCCACAGUGUUUACCAAUAAAGAGGUUCCUGAUUGGUACUCAAAGCAGAAGCAGAAACACAAGUGAACAUUUCUGCAGCUACUGGAGCAGUCACUCAGGGUGUUGAUAGGAUUUUUUGAAGCCUUUUCUGUGUUAAACUUGUCAUCAACUUUUCAAAUAUAAAACCACAAACUCUUUGAAACUGUCUACGUUUUGUUUUUCUCCUCCUCGGUUAAAUCAGUGGAUAAAAUCCCUGGUUUAGAAUCGGGGGUAUUACGUUCCACCAGGUACACAUUCCUGCCUAACGGACUGCCCAAAAAUUCCUCUCGCUUGGCAGUGGUGGAUUUUAUUUGGUCUGUCUAUCAUCAUUUCUUCUUCUGUCUGAGGUUUGCCGAGAACUGGUCACUACAGACAAGCAGCAUUGCAGGAACCUAGGAUUUGCAUGAGUUGAGACUCCUGCGGCUUUAAAUAUAGACAUAGUAGGCAUACCUUUAUCAUUUCAGAUCAUGUUCUUAUCGGUGUCGUAUUAAACUCAGUCGGAGGACUGCUAUAAAGCUCACUUUUUCCCCCUUUCCCCUUUUCAGGAGUUCGUUUCCCCCUCAUUUUAAUUGUAACGUACACUUUCAAAUAUUUAUUUUGUUUAGUCAUUCUCAUUGUGCAAGAUAUUUAAACUUCCUUGCAGUAAAUAUGUGUUUGUCUGGAUUACACAAAUUAUUUACUCAGUUUGACAGGACCUGAUAAUGUGUAGAUGUAAAGUCACCACCCAGAUCAGAGUGUUCACAACAGCAAACAAUAAAGUCAGGGUGUUUUAGAUUUCAGCCACUCGACGUGUGUUCGCUGCAGUUUUACAGUAGGACAUCAGUACAAAGUCAGUAGUUUAAUGAUGCAUCUACAUGUACUUGCCCUAUAAAAUGUUGUUUGUAUUUUACUCAUUUAAAUUCAGUACAGAUUUGAGACACCUCUACAUGAGUCAUCUUACAUCUUUUAUUUGAGUCAACUUUUUAUUCAGCAGCAUUUGUCUGCCAGCUUUUGUUACAUCAUAUGUCUACGAAUGAUUACUUUACAGCCGCAAUUAGCUCAGCCUUUACCAGCUGCAGCUGUGCACACAAACACAUUCAUAUCAUCCUAAAAUAAUGAAUGAUUUACAAAAUAUUUUUGUAUCAGCUUAGAAAUAAAUAAAAGGACUGCUUAAUA